AUGACCCAAGACUUACUGGAGUCUGCAAACACUGACGCUAUGGAAGCUGCUUUCAAUAAAGACCGUCAUGUCCGAUACUUCCUACGUUGCCUCAAGACUUUCUUACCACACUUUUAUACCUCCAACGAUUCGAAUCGCAUCCUCCUCGCCUUCUUUACCAUCGCUGGGCUAGACCUUUUAGGGGAGCUGCAGAACAAAACGACCACGGAAGAACGGGAGGGAUACAUUCAAUGGAUUUACCACUGCCAGGUCCCCUCGGGGGGGUUUCGUGGAUUCCCAGGAGCCGAUUUCGGGCUUGAGAGACGGAACCUGGCCAAUGAAUCCUGGGACCCGGCAAAUGUACCAUCGACGUUCUUUGCGCUGUUGACCUUGGUGAUCCUGGGCGAUGAUUUAUUUCGAGUGAAGCGAACCGAGUGCCUACAAUGGCUUCCGAAGAUGCAACGCGAAAAUGGAAGCUUUGGUGAGGUCCUUGGCCCCAGUGGAAAAAUUGAGGGCGGGGGUGAUCUACGAUUCUGUUGUUUCGCUGCUGGCACGCGGUAUAUCCUUAGGGGUAACGGCGACGACGUGCCUGGGGAAGUCGAAGAUAUAAAUGUUGAUAAAUUGGUGGAAUUUAUCGAAACUUGUCAGACCUACGAUGGGGGCAUAUCUGAAGCUCCGUUAUGCGAAUCGCAUUCUGGGCAUACAUACUGCGGCAUUGGUGCCCUAACCUUCCUUGAUCGUCUGUCGAGAGGCGACGGGUCAGUAGCGCUUCUUGCACCGGGAACAGAAGCAUUCGAGUCGUUGGUCAGAUGGCUUGUUUCGCGACAGACACCUGAACUUGGCGACGAGGAAAAUGCCGACAAUAAUGACAACAAGGAGGAUGGCAGUGACCAUGACUGUGAACUUGAUGAGAAGCGCGAUUUAAUCGGGACAAUGAAAAAUCUCGGUCUAGAUGAGAAGAUCAAUCAACUCCCUAGCACUUCAGUGCCACUCCAAGCGUCAUUGGAAUGGGCAGGUUUUAAUGGCCGGUGUAACAAGUACGCUGAUACGUGUUAUUCGUUUUGGAACGGUGCAACGCUCGCUAUGAUGGAUAGAUUGUCUUUGGUAGACGUGGCUCGCAAUCGGCGAUAUCUUCUUGAGAAGACCCAACAUAUCGUUGGUGGAUUUGGGAAAGGCGUCGGCGAGCCACCGGAUCUGUUACAUUCUUACUUUGGAAUGGUGUCGCUCGCUUUUCAGGGAGAGCCGGGACUUGAUAGUGUUGAUCCAGCACUAUGCGCGAGUCGUCGCGCAGUGCGACAUUUGCACACGCUGCCCUGGUGGCAGGAGAGAGGUUGA